UUAGAACUAUAAAAGACAACCCCCGUCAGUUGAAGCUGCCAUAUCAAUAACAGAUAUGUUUCGUACAGCUUCACGGGGCUUCUCGAGAUCCGUCUGGCGGGCUGCAGAGUCCCUGGCGCAGAUUGAGGCUGCGAAUCAACACGGCAUUCUGGUUUCCAGAGCGCAGGGAGUUGCCCAGCGGGGUCUCAUUGAUGCAAUUGGCAAGACGCCACUCAUAAAACUAAAGCGCCUUUCUGAAGAAACUGGCUGCGAAGUCCUCGGAAAAGCCGAGUUCCAGAACCCCGGCGGGUCCGUCAAAGACCGCGCUGCACUCUACGUCGUUGAGCAUGCUGAGAAAGCAGGCCUCUUGAAGCCUGGGGGAACGGUCGUCGAAGGCACAGCUGGAAACACUGGCAUUGGUCUCGCGCACGUGUGUCGCUCAAAGGGAUACAAGCUGGUCAUUUACAUGCCAAACACGCAAUCUCAGGGCAAGAUCGAUCUGCUGAGGCUACUCGGUGCGGAGGUUUACCCGGUGCCGGCUGUUGCUUUUGAGAACCCCGAGAAUUAUAAUCAUCAAGCGAAGCGACAUGCGGAGAACACGGUGAAUGCGGUAUGGACGAAUCAGUUCGAUAAUACGGCGAAUCGGCAGGCGCAUAUCGAGACUACCGGACCGGAAAUCUGGGCGCAGACGGAUGGCAAGGUCGAUGCAUUUACAUGUGCGACGGGCACUGGGGGCUCGUUAGCCGGUGUAACGAGGUAUCUGAAAGAAAAGUCUAAUGGUAGGGUGAAGUCCUUCCUUGCUGACCCGCCCGGCUCCGUUCUACAUUCGUACAUCCAGAGCGGUGGAAAGCUCACUGAGCGAGCUGGGGGCUCGAUAACAGAGGGGAUUGGCCAGGGACGAGUGACGGAUAACCUGCAGCCCGACAUUGAUCUUGUAGACGACUCGUUACAUAUCAGCGACGAUAAGACUAUUGAGAUGGUCUACAGAUGUCUGGAUGAAGAGGGCCUGUACUUGGGUGCAAGUUCCUGCCUGAACGUCGUUGCUGCAAAGGAAGUCGCGGAGAAGCUCGGCAAGGGGCACACGGUCGUCACGCUGCUCUGCGAUGGAGCGUACCGAUACGCGGAUAGACUAUUCUCAAGGAAAUGGCUAGAAGAGAAGAAGCUGAUUGGUGCGAUACCGCCACAUCUAACCAAGUACAUCGUGCUUCCAUAGAUCUAAAAUCAAG